AAAUUCCAUAAGUUUUAUUAUAUUGUACUUCAAAUAAAUUCUGGUAACUCUGGUACUGCGUAAAUGUCAAAAUGAGUAUUGGUAAACAGCGUCAGUAAAAAGGCAAAUUCUGAAUACAAUGGACGAACGAAAACAUUUGACGGAGUUGUGCAGGUUGUGCUUGAAGAAAUCUGAUUGCCUGGGCUGCAUAGUGGAAACUAGCGAAAGCAACUCCAUGGUCUUGCGAAUAAUGUUUAGUGUUUCAUUGGAGAUUCACCCGAACGACAAUUUGCCAAAGAAUAUCUGUUCUCAGUGCCAUUAUCAACUGGAAAAAAGUUACAUUUUUCGCAGCAAAUGUCGCGACAAUGAUACUAGAUUAAGGCGGCAUGUGAAGCUUACGGCUGCUGGUAAACCGAGCUCCCUGCUCAAUGAUAUAGACGAUGACGGCGAUAGUGACGAUGAAGAUGAAUUUGGACCAAGCUUAAAGUUUAUACGAACAGUUGAUCAAAAAGCUGAAUCGGAAAAGCAGCGCGAAUGGAAUGCUAGAGAAGCUGCUUUGAAGAAUGAACUGCAAAUCGAAAAGAAUGCUUUCAUGAAGGCCGUAGAAAAAAAGUUCCCUGUUCGUCAAAUGUUGGACGCCAGUACAAAUACCGACAAUGUAAAAACUAACAUUUUGAACAGGGGUGUUGUUAACAAUGAGCUGAUGGAACCUGUUAAUAACAUAGAAACUGAACAGUUCAAUUAUGAGCAUGCAAAUAUAUCUGGAAAUGACAUCCAAAUAAAUUAUAAAGACAACGUUACAGAAGAACCUCUAACUAAAAGCGAAGAGCAUGUCCAGUAUCUGGAUGAAGAAGUAUAUAUGGAUGUAGGAGAGGCAGAAAAUGAUGAGGUGGACCCCGAGGUAAAGGAGCAAUCACAAACCAGUACAGCUACAGAUCAAACUGUCAAUCGGUUUGUUAUUACGGAGGUCUCGGAUUCUGAAACGUUGGUACUAGAGUCAGAGUUGGAAAAGGAAGAGCAGAAUCUAUAUGGGAAUGACUCAGAUGAAGACUUAGAAGCUGUUACAAACGCAGUCAAAGCGGAACUGGCAGAGCAGCCAGGAUUCGAUAUAGGCGAAGAUUGUGUUAUGAAGGUAGAGAAGGAUCGAGAUCUAACAAAAGUAGAAGUCCGUGCGAAUGAUGGAUCAAUUAUAUGCAUGGAAUUUAGCACAAAACCUGCACAAAAAUCCACGACAAAAACGCUUGCUUCCCAAAUUUUAAGUAUCUUUAAGUGCUCGUAUUGUAGACUAACAUUCAGUGAGCUUUCGAUGCUACAAAAUCACACAGAAACGUAUCAUGCCAAAAUGCCGAAAGGACAUAGUUGUGAUAUCUGCGAAAAAUGGUGUCCCACCAAAAGCUCAUUUGAACGUCAUUUUCGAAUACACACGGGAGAAAAGCCUUUUAUCUGUGGAGAGUGCGGUAGAGGAUUUGUUCAAAAGGAAAUUUUGAAACGCCAUAUGUUGGUCCACACGAACGAAAGACCAUUCGCUUGUGAUUACUGUCCAAAGCGCUACAACCAGAAAGAUCAACUUCUACACCACAUAAACGCGUUUCACACGGAGAAUCCGAUCGUAACGAUUCGCAAAUGUGGUGUAUGUGACAAAGAAUUCAAGUAUGCAUCUGGGCUGAGCCGCCAUAUGGCAACGCAUUAUGGCCGUACUUAUUCCUGUUCUUGUGGUCGUGUAUUCAACGACAAGAGUGCUCUGAAGCGCCAUGAGGUCUCAAUUCAUGGAAAAGAUGGAGUCAAAAUCGAUCAGGCGAAAAGCGAUAAACAAUAAUGUUUGAAUUUCGUCUCUGCCAACGAUUUAUUUUGAAUAUUUUUUGCAAACCUUUACAAAUUUAAGCAUUUAUUCGAAAUCAGGAUAUGCUGAAAUAACAGAUAGUCAAUAUGUGUGAUGAUUGCUUCAAAGGUUUUGAUACUGUUGUUUUAAAGCUCUUAUUAAAUACUAUACGCAAAUUACGUGAAAAAUAUAUUAGUAGAUACCCGA